GCGGCGGGUGGCCGCGGGACAUGACGGCGGGCGGCCAGGCCGAGGGCGCGGACCGGGACCCCGCCUCCGCGCGGCUGCCCUCCCGGGUGGCCAAGCUGCUGUCGGCGCUCUUCUACGGGACCUGCUCCUUCCUCAUCGUGCUGGUCAACAAGGCGCUGCUGACCACCUACCGAUUCCCAUCACCAAUUUUUCUUGGAAUUGGACAGAUGGCAGCUACCAUAAUGAUACUGUAUGUAUCCAAACUAAAUAAAAUAAUUCACUUCCCUGAUUUUGACAAGAAAAUUCCUGUGAAGCUGUUUCCUCUGCCUCUCCUCUAUGUUGGAAACCACAUAAGUGGAUUAUCAAGCACAAGUAAAUUAAGCUUGCCGAUGUUCACCGUACUCAGGAAAUUUACCAUUCCACUCACUUUACUCCUGGAAACCAUCAUACUUGGGAAACAGUAUUCCUUGAACAUCAUCGUCAGUGUUUUUACCAUCAUACUUGGGGCUUUCGUAGCAGCUGGUUCUGACCUUGCCUUUAACUUGGAAGGCUAUAUUUUUGUAUUCCUGAAUGAUGUCUUCACAGCAGCAAAUGGAGUUUAUACCAAACAGAAAAUGGACCCAAAGGAGUUGGGUAAAUAUGGAGUGCUUUUCUACAAUGCCUGCUUCAUGAUUAUACCAACUCUUAUCAUUAGUGUCGCUACUGGAGACCUUCAACAGGCUGCUGAAUUCAAUGAAUGGAAGAAUGUUCUAUUUAUCAUACAGUUUCUUCUUUCCUGUUUUUUGGGGUUUCUGUUGAUGUACUCCACAGUUUUGUGCAGCUAUUACAAUUCGGCCCUCACAACAGCAGUGGUUGGAGCCAUCAAGAAUGUUUCCAUUGCCUACAUUGGAAUGUUAGUUGGUGGAGACUACAUUUUCUCUGUGUUAAACUUUGUAGGGUUAAAUAUUUGCAUGGCAGGGGGCUUGAGAUAUUCCUUUUUAACUCUGAGCGGCCAAUCAAACCCUAAACAACCUGUGGAUGAAGAAAACAUUCCUCUGGAUUUGAAGAGUUAGAAUCUGAGGCAGGAUUGCCGCCUGGGAACAUGGGGGCGGGGGGGGGCAUUCCCCGCUGUAGGAAUGUGAAGCCAGAUGUUCUGGUCACCGACAGCACAAAGCCCCCUGGUUAAAGCACAGCAGGAAUGUCUGCUGGCUGCGAAGAGAACCUACCUCAGAUACUACUGCACAGUGAGCCAUCCUUAGCCCCGAGAAGCGUAUUUGGGCAAAGCCUUACCAUCUGAAAGUGCAUCUUUCAGAGGAGACCAUUGAUUAAAGGGAUCGUAACCGAGUGCGGGCAGAGCCCUGACCGUUUGGUCACCCAGCCACAUCUCUGAGCUGUUGUUCUGCAGUUGCGUUGAAGAGGAUGGAAAUGGCCAAUGGUGUGAGAGUGAUUAUUAUCAGCACCUUGGCCUUCAUUUCAAGGAUCCCAGCCAAAGCGAAGUGCCAGUGAGAACCAUUUUCUUUUCAAUUUAAGCAAACAGGUCUUUAUUUUAAUAAAAUUAGCCAAUUAACUGCAAGUUAUUUGUUAGCUCUCAUUUGAUCAUAUAUGUUGGUAUCUUUUCCCAAUCA